CGGAAGGCUUCCGGUGGUAAAAGGAGAAUUUUAGCCAAAAAAUUGAGUUAGCCACUCGGCCCACUGUGACUGUUGGACAUGUUUUGCAGGAAACAUUAGGUGCAACUAAGUUGAAAAAUGUCUGAGUUCUUUCACGACGAGGCGGAGGAGUCUGAUGGGACCAGCUCCGGAGAAGGGUCUGAUGUUGAGAUCCGAUUCCCAAAGAAGAAAGACGACAAAAAAAGACGGAAAGCCAGAAUUGAUGACGACGACGAAGAUGAAGAAGGACUUGAUGAUGAAGCGAGAAUUGCUGAGGAGAUGAAGGGGUUUAUAGCAGAUGAAGAGAUUGAUGAAGGGGACGAAGAGUCGGAUGAUGAUGGGACCAAACGGAAACAUGAAUCCGGAGAUGAACUCGAUGAUCAGCUGUCAGACGAAGAUUUUGACCUCAUUGAGGAAAAUCUGGGAAUAAAGGUUAAAAGAAAGCAAAAACGUAAGCGUAUUCGGAUGAUGUCUGACGAUGAAGUGAGUGACAAGGAAGAAGAGGAGGCUGGCAAGCACAAGAUAGAAGACGAGCUGUUUGAGGGAGCAGAGGAGGAGGAGGGAGAAGAUGGAGGGGAGCGCACCCCUGCCCCGCACAGGGAUGCCAUUGACACAAAUGAGUUUGGAGAUCUCGAUGAAGAGGAGGAAUCUGAUAUCGAUGACUUCAUUGUUGAUGAACAAGGAAAUUCUAUCAGCAAGGGAAAGAAAAAGAAACACAUUAUUCAUAGUGAUUCGACAUUACAAGAAGCACAGGACAUCUUUGGAGUCGACUUUGACUUUGAUGAAUUUGCACAGUACGGUGAGGAAGAGGAGGAGGAGGAUGAUGAAGAAUAUGAAGAAGAAUAUGAAGGAGAAGAUGGGGAGUUUCGGAGAAACAAGAAAGCAAGGAAACGAGCCGUCAAAAAGACUAUUUAUGAUGUUUAUGAGCCUAGUGAACUGGAGCGUGGUCACUUGACUGAUCGAGAUAAUGUUAUUAGACAGGAGGAUAUGCCUGAACGAUUCCAGCUACGGCGAAUUCCGGUGAAGGAGCCUGAAGAAGGAGAGCUGGAGGAGGAAGCAGAAUGGAUCUUCAAGCAGGCCUUCACACAGAAGUCCAUCUCAACACAGACAUACUUGGAUUACGAACAGAGUGGACAUUUUUCUAAUGUCUCUCGACGGGGUCCAGCCAUGAUUAACAAGAUUCGGGAUGGUGUCAACUUCAUGCGGAAAGAACGCCUUGAGGUUCCAUUCAUUGCAUUCUACCGGAAGGAGUACGUGGAACCUGAAUUGAAUAUUAAUGAUUUGUGGAAGGUCUGGCAUCAGGAUGAAAAAUGGAUGCAGUUGUGUUCUCGCAAGAAAAAUCUGACUCGCCUCUUUGAAAAGAUGCAGACUUAUCAGUUCGAUCAGAACUCUGACAUUGACAAAGUGCUCACAUGUAAUGUUCGACCGCUGACUGCCGAAGACAUCGAAAGGGUAAAGAAUGUUGAGACGAUGGACGAGUUGAAGGAUGUGUAUCAACACUUCAAUCUGUACUAUGGAUCUGACAUACCGAAAAUGCGAAAUGCUGAAAAGAAGGAGGGCGAAGAAGGGGAGAAUGCUGAACACCAUGAACCAAUAAAACAGGCCACAAGACGCAGUGGCUACUCCAUUUGUCAGCAAGCAAAACUUGAUGAAAUUGCCAGUCGAUUUGGUUUGACUCCUCAGCAGUUUGGUGAAAACUUGCGAGACAACUACCAGCGGCAUGAGGUGGAUCAGUGCCCCAUAGAGCCUUUAGAAUAUGCAAAAGAUUUCAUCUGUCCACAAUUUUCAACCGAAGAAGAUGUUCUGAUGGGUGCACGUCAUAUGGUUGCCAUGCAACUGGCACAUGAGCCAUUGGUCUGUCAGAGUGUGCGAACAACAUAUUUUGAAAGAGCAAAGCUGAGGGUUUCACCAACGAAGAAAGGCAUAAAGGAAAUUGAUGAAAGCCACGGGUGCUACACCAUGAAGUAUAUUCGCAACAAACCUGUCAAAGAUCUGAAGGAUGACCAGUUCCUGAAACUGCACCAGGCAGAGGAGGAUGGCCUGCUGACUAUAUCUAUAACAAUAGACGACGAAGGACAAGGAGUGACAACAUUCUUCGAGGAAGUCCGCCAACUCUACUACAGAGAUGAAUUCAGUCACUUGGUACAACAGUGGAACAUUCAGCGUAGUGAAGCCCUGAAGAGAGCUUUAACGAAAAUCUUGUACCCCCAGAUGGAGAAAGAACUCCGAUCCAAACUUCUCAUGGAGGCAAAGGAGGGAAUCCUCAAGGCUUGUUGCCGCAAGUUGUACGGAUGGAUCAAGGUGGCGCCGUACCAGGCAGACCAGCAGCUUGAAGAUGACUAUGACUAUGAUGACGGCAAUGGUAUCCGUGUCCUUGGCAUUGCAUUCUCCAUGGAAAGGGAUUGUGCAUCCUUUGGUGCUCUGAUUGAUGGGGAUGGAGAUGUGACCGAUUAUAUUAAGCUUAAAGGAAUCACCAAGAAGAAAAAUGCAUAUAAUCAGAUUGACAGAGAAAACAAGGAAGAAGACAUAAAAAAGCUGAAGAAGUUCAUAGCCAACAAGAAACCACAUGUCAUUGCUGUCUCGGCAGAGUCCAGAACUGCGGUCAUGGUGAUGGAUGACUUGAAGGCAAUUAUUGCUGAACUCGAGGAGGAGGAAUCUCUUCCGCCAGUCGCAGUGGAACUCGUAGACAAUGAGUUGGCCAUGAUUCAAGAAAACAGUAACCGGGCAUUGGGUGAGUUUCGAGAGUAUCCUCCCAUCUUGCGCCAUGCUGUGUCGGUGGCCCGUCGACUUCAGGAUCCGCUGGUUGAGUUCGCCACCCUGUGUAACCCUGACGACGACAUCUUGUGCCUGAAGUAUCAUCCUCAACAGGAGGCUCUUUCGAAAGACGAACUGCGUGAGGCACUGUACCUGGAGUUUGUGAACCGAGUUAACGAGGUCGGGGUGGAGAUCAACAAGGCCUUGGUGCACACUCAUCAGAGUUUCCUCGUCCAGUUCAUCUGUGGACUUGGUCCCAGGAAGGGUGCCAACUUGCUCAGAAUUUUGAAACAGAACAACACUCGACUGGAGAACAGAUUGCAGCUUGUGUCUCUUUGUCACAUGGGACCGAAAGUGUUCAUUAACUGUGCUGGCUUUAUUAAGAUAGACACCAACAGUUUGGGAGACAGCACUGAGAACUAUGUGGACGUGCUCGAUGGUUCCCGGGUUCACCCCGAGGCGUACGAGUGGGCGAGGAAGAUGGCCGUUGACGCGCUGGAGUACGACGACUCAGCCGAAGACGCCAACCCAGCCGGAGCGCUGGAAGAAAUCCUCGAAAGUCCCGAACGACUCCGAGAUCUCGACCUCGACGCAUUUGCUGAGGAAUUGGAGAGACAGGGCUAUGGUGACAAACACAUCACUCUGUAUGACAUCAGGGCUGAGCUGAAUCAACGCUACAAAGACUUGAGAACUCCAUACCGCCCGCCAACCAAUGAGGAGAUUUUCAACAUGAUCACCAAGGAGACACCAGAGACAUUCUUUGUUGGUAAGCUGGUGCUCACCACGGUGAUGGGAAUUGCCCACAGAAGACCGCAGGGUGACCAGCUGGACCAAGCUAACCCUGUGCGAGAUGAUGAAACUGGCUGCUGGCAGUGUCCAUUUUGUCAGAAAAAUGACUUCCCAGAGCUUAGUGAGGUGUGGAGUCAUUUUGAUGCUGGGAAUUGUCCAGGUGCUGCGGUGGGUGUGAGAACCCGACUCGAUAAUGGUGUCACCGGAUUCGUUCAAACCAAGAUGCUCAGUGAUAAAAUGGUCAAGAACCCAGAGGAACGAGUUCGGGUUGGCAUGACGAUCCAUGCAAGAAUCACCAAGAUUGACAUUGAUCGGUACCAGGUGGAUCUGACAUCGAAGUCGUCAGACCUCAUGGAUAAGGAUAAUACUUGGAGACCAGCUAAAGAUCUGUAUUACGACUAUGAUCUGGAACAGAGAGAGACUGAGAAAGAACAGGAGAAAAAGAAACAGCAAGCUCGGCAGACCUAUAUUAAGAGAGUCAUAGUUCAUCCGUGUUUCCACAAUGUUGGCUACAAGGAAUGUGAGAAGUUGAUGGCAAACAUGGACAACGGAGAUGUGAUAAUAAGACCAAGUAGUAAGGGUGCUGACCACUUGACCUGCACGUGGAAGGUUGCUGAAGACAUCUUGCAGCAUAUUGAUGUGAGAGAGGAGGGCAAAGAAAACCAGUUCAGUCUCGGCAGAUCACUCUACAUAGGAACAGAAGAGUUUGAAGAUCUUGAUGAAAUCAUUGCCCGUCACAUUCAGCCAAUGGCUGCGCUGGUGCGAGAUAUCACGGGUUUCAAGUAUUACCGUGACGCGGAGGGGGGCAAGCGAGACACGCUGGAGAAGCACCUGAUGGAGGACAAGAAGAAAGCUCAUUCGAGAAUCCCCUACUACUUCAGUGCCUCCAGGCAGUACCCGGGGAAGUUCUACUUGUCGUAUCUGCCGCGUGUCAAGUGCCGACACGAGUUUAUCACGGUGACACCGGACGGACUGAGAUACAGGCUUCAGAUGUUCCAUUCUCUCAACUCUCUCAUCAGGUGGUUCAAGGAACACUUCAGAGACCCCAUUCCAGGAACACCUGCUCCCAGUUCCAGAACUCCGCUGGUUCCGUCGGCUUAUGCCACACCAGCCACACCUGGAUUCAGUCUUCAAAAUGUUGAUCCAUCAACUCUGCAGCGAGCGGCAGCCGGACUAUCAAACAGUAUGUACGGUAAUCCCAGCCAGAUUGCCAACGCCACACCACAGCUUGGACGUGCACAUGCAGGAGCAUACGGAUAUCAGCCCACUCCGCUCGGUAUGACGCCAAUGCUGACGCCCGGAGCACAGUACCACGCGGCGCCACAGAUUGGGACGACCCCUGGAACUCAACCCAUUCAGACCCCAUCGUACCAGCCUACGCCGCGCAGCUCCGCAUGGCCGGGGAUGACGCCACGGACUCCGUCGGCCCUCCGGCAUACACCGAGCGCCACACCACACUUCGCCCACACCCCACACACUCCUCACACCCCCCACACGCCACACAUACUGCAGCAGCAGCAGCGCUCCGUGUCGAGACCAAGCACGAGUCAGCUGCCCACCGACUGGGCUAAAGCCGCGGAGGUGUGGGCCAAACGAACAUCGCGCAAAGCGACAUCGCCGCGCGUCUCCAGAAGUCCGAGAGUUCAGCCGUCGCCCAUGUUUGAUGACGACGAUGACAGUCCAGGUGGGGAUGCCACUCCUCUCAUUGACGAGAGGUAAUCAGAAGUGGGGGCGGUUCUGCGAAGUGAUGAUGAUAUUUGGUUAGGUCGAAACUGGUUUUCUGUGAAUGGAAGUCGGGAACAGCCAUCUUAAUGUUAAAAAGUCAGUAUUUAAGUCUGAGAGGUUUGAAACAGUGGAGUGAAAGGAAAAAGUCACAAAUCACUGUGCGUAAGUGUAUAUUACAAGCUGUGCAGGGAGACCAAUGAGAGAGAACAGCAGCAGUGUGCUGUGUUUGUGAAAAAAAAUACAAAAAGUGGAUCAGUCA